AUGGAGUUGAAAACGAAUCCUCACAUCAAACUUAAUGCUGAUGAUUAUUUGUAUCAUCUGGAUCUUGAGACAAGUAAGCUGGAUUUUAAAAAAGAAUUCAACGAUGUGAAGUUUGUGUGCAUAGGGGGUUCACCAACGCGAAUGUUGAACUUUGCUAAAUUUAUGAGUAAGCAGUUGACCGGGAAUACAGAAGAGCCACGGAACUAUGCCAAGGGAACUGAUAGAUAUUGUUUAUAUAAGGCAGGACCAGUAUUAAUAGCUAAUCAUGGAAUCGGAACAGCAUCCUUAUCAGUGGUGCUGAAUGAGCUAUUCAAACUAUUAUUCUACGCUCAAUGUAGCAAUGUUAUUUUUCUCAGAUUAGGAACUUGUGGUGGAAUUGGUGUUGAGGGCGGCACUGUAGUAAUUACUGAUAAGGCAGUCAAUGGUGAACUAGAACCUAUAUUUUCUUACAUGAAGCUUGGUAAAAGAAUUAACUCACCUACUUAUGUAGAUUCUGAUUUAGUAAACGAAAUUUAUAACUGUUGCAAAGACAAUUUCAAUGUUGCUCGUGGUACAACAUGCUCAGUCGACUGUUUUUACGAAGCACAAGGAAGACUUGAUGGUGCUCUGUGUGAUUACUUUGAAAACGACAAGCAAGAUUUCAUCAAAAGACUUCAGGACAAGGGAGUUAUAAACAUGGAAAUGGAAGGGCUGGGUUUGUUUUCUUAUUGUCACAGAGCCGGCUUCAAAGCUGCCAUGAUAGCAGUAACGAUAGUCAACCGUUUAGUCGAAGAUGUACCAACAUCUGAGAUUGACGUUAUAAAAGAAUGGGAAGAAAGGCCAUUUAAAGUAGCUUUACAAUUUAUAAGAAGUAAACUCUAA